UUGGGGCCCAGCACCCUGGGAGGAGGGAACCCCUAGGUCUCCUGAGCCUCACGGGCCACAGCCAAUGGCAGCGGACAGCCGCUGCUCCUCCCCCGGCCCGCAGCCACACCCAGGCCGCACGGCAGCUGCUCCAGACCUGGGAGCGGGCUGCUCCAGAACCCUUGCCUGGUUCCAGCAUGGAUCUCGCCGCGUGCUGAAUCCCAAGGCUGGCUCAGGACCGUUCCAGUAGCUGCCAGCACUUGGGUCCACCAUGAAUUGGGGGGGUUUUGAGGGGCUCCUGAGCGGCGUGAACAAGUACUCCACAGCCUUCGGCCGCAUCUGGCUGUCCCUGGUCUUCAUCUUCCGCGUGCUGGUGUACCUGGUGACGGCAGAGCGCGUUUGGAGCGAUGACCACAAGGACUUUGACUGCAACACCAGGCAGCCAGGCUGCUCCAACGUCUGCUACGACGAGUUCUUCCCCGUGUCCCACGUGCGCCUCUGGGCCCUGCAGCUCAUCCUGGUCACCUGCCCCUCGCUGCUCGUGGUCAUGCACGUGGCCUACCGCAAAGCGCGGGAGCAGAGGUACCGAGAGGCAGUGGGCGAGGGUGGCGGGUACCUCUACCUGAACCCCGGCAAGAAGCGGGGUGGGCUGUGGUGGACGUACGUCUGCAGCUUGGUGUUCAAGGCCGGGGUGGACAUUGCCUUCCUCUACGUGUUCCAUUCUUUCUACCCACGGUACACCCUGCCACCCGUGGUAAAGUGCCACGCGGCCCCGUGCCCUAACGUUGUGGAUUGCUUCAUCUCCAAGCCCUCGGAAAAGAACAUCUUCACUCUCUUCAUGGUGGUCACGGCCGCCGUCUGCAUCCUGCUGAACCUGGUGGAGCUGGCCUACCUGAUAGGCAAGCGGUGUCGCGAGUGUGUGGCGGCAAGGAAAGCCACGCAAGUCACCUACCUGGGCCCUCACCCGGACCGCGCCAUCCCAUCCAACAAACACAGUGACCUGCUCUCGGGAGACCUCAUCUUUGUAGGCUUGGACACUCACCCGCCUCUCUUGCCAGACCGUCCUCGAGAGUACUCGAAGAAAACCAUCCUGUGAAGGAAGGGCUGCCUGAACUGGACUAG